CAAAGCCAAACGCCAAAGUGUCAAACCAAAUGGAAGGCUUUCAAACUCCACGGCAAGAUCAAUCGCGACUAUCCGAUCUUGCGAAUCGCAAAUCCAAGGACUCUCGAUUGAAGAAGAAGGUGGUAAAGAGGAAUUUGGAUACUUCAGUUCCUGAAAAUCUUUUGACGGAUACUGUCAAAGAACCUGCUGAUUUCUCUCAGAUUUCUGACGCCGAUGAAAGCUUUGCACUAGCUUCGUUGGAACCGCUCGAUGUCAUUUCACUGGAGAGAGAAGUAGUGGCGAAUCUUCUCAAACAAGCUCAAAAUCAAGUUUCCAACUCAAAUGAUAUAGAGGCCCGGUCUAAGAGACUUCUGGAUGCACUUGUUAAGAUCAUUGUAGAGGAGCUCUACACAGUGCCUGAAGAGAAAGACCGUUUUAAUGAACUUGUUUUGGCGAAGAUUCGUAUUGUGUUGCUUCUUUUCUUGAUUUGGAUUAUUGUAAUGUCGGUGGUUUUGUUCUUCAAUUCUGGCGCUGGAGGAUCUUUCAGUGGAUCUCCGCCUACAUGAUC